AUGACAAAAGAAGAAUCACCCAUUCUUCAAGAUAUACUUUUUAAUUCAACAGCAAUGACAUACGAUAAUAAUGAAGACUGUCAACUUUCUAUCGAUUUUACUGAUAUUGAUAACAUUUCUGUUCCAUCAUCAACUUCGUCAAUUUAUGCUGAUCAACAACAAAAUAUUGUUUCAUAUGAUUCUCCAUCAGUAGAUUUACAACAUCAUGGUAUUUUCCUUUCAUUUAUUAAUCCACCAGAACCGGUCUAUCAUGUACGUUACUUAAGCGAAAUUACAAAUUUACCAAUCGAUGGACAUCUAGUCACUACAAAGAAAUUAAAGAAAAAACAUCUGUCAGGACGAUAUAUCAAAGGAAUACGUGGUCGAUAUGUCACUGUUGAGCUUCCGACAAUUCUAUCUGAUAAUUCUAAUCUUUUUAUACGUGUUACUCGUCUUACUGUGCCGUAUCAAGAUAUAUCAUUUAUUCAUCCAUAUCCUCUUCUAUAUUCAUGUGCAAAGAAAAAAAUGCGCUCUGAUAUCAUUAUUCAAGGUUCAUCAAUCUAUUUUAAGAUAAACAAAGAUGAGAUUUGUUCUCGUUCAAAACAUUUUUCUCAUAUCAUUUUUACACGUCUUAAACAAUGUCAUCUUAAACAUAUAAACACUUUAUAUUCAUUUGAUAACAAUGAAAUGUCUUAUCCAUUUAUUGGAAAUAAUGCUAAAACUAAAAUUGCAUAUUAUCAAUUAAAAAAAUCUCAACUUGAUUUUCGUCUUGUAAUUCGAUGUGAACAAACUGGUGAAUUUUUUAAUACAAAUAUUUAUUGUCGAUCAAAUCCAUUACUUGAAGAAGAAGGUAUGGAAUUGAAAAAAUCAUUAACAUCAUAA